AGAAUCAGUCGUUUUUCAAUCGUGAAGAGAAAAUAACAGACGGCGGGAAAGGUGGAAUAGCAUUUAGCCGGAGAGAGUUGGGAACAAAGGACACAAGAACAAAAAGGAUAUUAGCUGUUCGCAUCUAAUCAAAAGUAUUUGCAAAUACUUCAAGUAAUUGUCAAACGACUUUAAAAAAGUUAUUAAUUAAAAAACUUCUGGAAAGUUUAACAUUUUUUGGUUAAGUUAACAGCCGCAAAAGAAAAAUCGAAAAAAUGGAGCAAAUUAUUGCAAAUUUAUUGUGUGCCGAUAAUAAUUUGAUUAAACAGGCUACUGCUGACUUGCAAGAAGCCUACAAACGUCCUGAAACCAUACCCCAACUAUGCGACAUUGUUGUUUCCAACAAGGAAGCCCAGGUACGCCAGUACUCUGCUGUGCUUUUGAAGAAACGUUUGGGUAAAUUGCGUCACUGGCAAAUGGUUCCACCAGAUCAACAACAAAUCAUCAAGCAAGGCAUGUUGAACGCCUUGGUCAACGAACAAGAGAAAUCCGUACGCAAUGCCAUUGCUCAAUUUGUUGGUGUUUUGGUACGCCAUGAAAGCAGCGACAAGCAAGGUGGUGCCUACAUGAAUGAGGUGUUGAAAUUCGUCUAUGGCCAUUGCAGUUCAGCUGAUCCCAAACAAAGUGAAUUGGGUUCAUCGAUCUUUGCCACUCUCACUGAUGUGGCUCCCGAUCAAUUUGUACCCCAUAUGGAAUCGGUUUGUGAAAUGUUCACUGCCGCCUUGAUGGCCACCGAGGCCAGUGGCAAUAUGUCAUCACCGGUUAUUUUCAAUAUUCUUACUGGCAUGACCUAUUUGGUGCCCUUCAUUUUGGGUCACAAUGGUGCCGAACAAACCUAUCAGAAGUCUAUCCCAUUGAUCAUUAAAUCAUUGCAAGCUUUUGCCGUUCAACCCGAUCCCGAUCAAUUUGUGCGUGCCUUUGAUAUUUUGGAAAACAUGGCCGAUUAUACACCCAAAUUGUUGACAACGAAUAUUAAGCCCUUGCUUGAUUUCUGUUUGGAGGCAUCCAACAACAAUCAAUUGGAUAGUGCUGUGCGUGUCAAGACUGUCUCAUACAUUGGUUGGUUAGUGCGCCUCAAGAAGAAGUUGAUUAUCAAGCAGAAAUUGGUUGAACCCAUUAUCCAGGUUGUUUUCAAUUUAAUGGCCACCGAGCCAGAGGGUGAGGAUGAUGACGAAGAAUACUUUUUGGGUGAGGAUAGCUCCAAUCCCAUGACCACCGCCACCCAAACCAUGGACUUGUUGGCAUUGAAUGUCCCACCAGAGAAAUUGAUUCCCCCACUAUUGCAAUUGUUGGAGCCUGCCUUGCAGGGCCAGGAUCCCUUGCCUCGUCGUGCUGCCUACCUGAGCAUGGCUGUCAUUGCCGAGGGCUGCUCCGAAGCCAUUUGCAAUAAAUAUUUGGAAACCAUGUUGAAUAUUGUUAAAGUUGGCAUUACCGAUCCCACGCCAUUGGUGCGCAAUGCUGCCUUCUUUGCCUUGGGCCAGUUCUCCGAACAUUUGCAACCCGAUAUCACCAAGUUUGCACCACAAAUUCUGCCCAUUCUUUUUGAAUUCUUGCAACAAUUGUGCAAUGAAUUGAGAAGUGGUGGUACUGAACCCAAGCACAUUGACCGCAUGUUCUAUGCCUUGGAGACAUUCUGUGAAAACCUGGAGAAUGCCUUGGUGCCACAUUUGCCUUUGUUGAUGGAAAGACUUUUCGAAGCCAUGAACCCCAACAACUCGGUGCGCCUACGUGAGCUGUCCCUGAGUGCCAUUUCUGCCGCUGCCAAUGCUGCCAAGGAAAACAUGUUGCCUUAUUUCCAACAAUUGAUUGCCAUGCUGCAAACCUAUUUGGUCAAGACCGAAAACGAAGAUAUCUUGGCUUUGCGUUCUCAGGCCAUUGACACCCUGGCCUCAUUGGCCCGUACCAUUGGCAAGCAAAACUUUAUGCCAUUGGCCACCGAUACCAUGAACUUCUCACUAUCCCUUCUGGAGGAGGCCGAUGAUCCCGAUGUACGUCGUGCCUUGUACAAUCUAAUUGCUGCCCUUGCCGAGGUGGUCAACGAGGAAAUGGCUCCAGUUUAUCCCAAAAUCAUGUCACGUCUCUAUGACUCAAUUCUCUCCACCGAGGAAGUUAUUCCCGAAUUCAAGGAAGACGUCAUUACGGUGCCCGGUCCUGAAAACGAUGAGAACGAUGAUCGUGAAAUUGACAUUGAAAAUUCCGAUGGUGAAGAUGAUGAUUUGGACAACAUUGCCGGUUACAGUGUUGAGAACUCCUAUUUGGAUGAAAAGGAAGAAGCCAUCUUGGCCCUGAAAGAAUUUGCCCAACACACCGGUGCUGCUUUCAUUCCCCACUUGGAGGAAUCGUACAAGAAUGUCUACAAAAUGAUUGAUCAUCCCCAGGAGGAUAUUCGCAAGGUAUCCAUUGAUGCCUUGGCCACAUUCAUUAUUGCCCUGUUCAAGCAAAACGAUGUCCAGGGUGUGGCCAAUGCCAUUACCAUUCUCAUCCCCAAAAUGGGACAAAUUGUACGUGACGAUGAAGAGGUCUCUGUUGUGCUGGCCGCUUUGGAAAGUUUCUCGGAUUUGUUGAAGGAAUUGAAACAAUUGGCUUUGGCCGACGAUAAGAUGUGUGAUACCAUCUUCACAUGCAUCAAUGAUGUUUUGUUGGGCAAGGUCGCCUGUCAGUUUGAUGAACCCAAUGCCGGUGCUGAUGAUGAAGAAACCGAGGAGAGUGAAUAUGAGGAAGCUAUUGUUGAGGCAGCUGGUAAUUUGUUGCCUUUGUUUGGUCACGCCAUGACCCCCGAGAAAUUCGCCUUGUACUUUGGCCGCAUCUAUCCCAUCUUCUUGACAAAAUUGCAAAAAGCCAAGAAGAACGAAGAUUUGGAAUCCCAAAGAGCUUUUGUCUAUGGUGCUUUGGCUGAAUGUUUCGAUGCCUUGAAACAGAACAGUGCCACCUACUUCGAUACAUUGUGUCCUAUUAUGAUUCAAGGUCUGUCCGAUGAAUUCAAUCAGGCACGUCAAAAUUCGGUGUUUGGUUUGGGAGAAUUGGUUCUACACUCUGAGGAGAAAUCAUUUGAAGCUUAUCCCCACAUCCUGAUGGCUUUGUCACAAGCCGUCUCCAAGGAAACCGAACCAGCUGCUUUGGACAACAUUUGCGGUGCCAUUGCCCGUCUCAUUCUGACCAACUGCCAGUUGGUCCCAUUGGAUCAAGUAUUACCCGUUUUCUUGCAACAUUUGCCAUUGCGUGAAGAUUUCGAUGAGAAUGCCACCGUUUUCAAAUGUUUCAAACUUUUGUACAUUCAGGCACGCGAUCAAAUCGCUCCCUCAAUGGAACAAAUUUUGGCCAUUGCCAUACAUGUGUUGUACAAGAAGGAAUUUGUCGAUCAAGACACCUGUGACAAUGCUGUGGCACUGCUCAAGGAGAUCCGCGAAAGCUAUCCAGAUAAAUUCAAUGCCGUUGCCAAUUCAAAUCCAGAAAUUGUAAACUUUUUGCAAACUCUGUAAGUGGCCGAAGCGGGAAGAUAAUGCAAGAUCUGUGUUCCAAAUCCUGGAUGAAUGAAGAAAUAUCACGCCGCCGCCAAUCUAUCAACAUCAUCAUCAUCACCCAUCUCUUAAGUAUAUAAGCGCGCAGAAAUUUUCGGAGAAGUAGAAGCCUGUAAAUGUUAUAGUAUUAACUUUUUCUCAUGCAAUCAACAAACAACUGUCAUCAUCAAAUGAAUUCUUUUGUAGUCGUCGUUGUCUUCUUCCAAGUCUUCUUCCUUCUACAAAAGUUGAUUGUUUUUCCAUCGUCUUUGAAAAACAACAACCCCCAAGAGAGGAGUUGGUAUGUCUUUUGUAGCAAGCUGCUGCUCCUGUGCGUAGUCAUAUAUAAUAUAGUCAGUUAUGUUUUUUGGUGGGUUCUGUAUUUUUUUGUAAAGGAACCAUUAACACCACCACCGCCUCCCCCACUCCAUGUUUCUCUUUGCGAGAACCAAAAAAAGACUGUAAACAUUUGUUUGAAUCGCAUAAAUCACAUUUUAUAUAAACCUAUUUAUUGUUGUUAUAAACAAUUUGCAAUGCGAUGUUAGGAUAUUUAAUUUGAAAAAGAAAGCUAACAAAUUUUGACCACAACAUUAUACAAACAAACAAAAAUUAAUUUAUUUAUUAUUAAAUAACUUUUUUGCAUAUCAUCAAAUCCUUUGGCAUAUCUGGCAUAUGUCACCCGGGAGACAUUUAAUAUUUUCCCCCGUUUCGUCUCCCACAUAUAUCCAAGUGAUGAUAUUUGCCGCCUUUUAUUGAUAUUGAUUGUAUCAAAACAAUCUCCUCCUCGCCCCUCCUCACAACAUUUUAUGACCUUGAGUUUGUUGUACUGCCCAAGUACAGCACCUGGCUGUGAUAACUUUAUUAACUACUUGUGUGUCAAAUUGUUUCCAUUCUCUUGAGGCGUGUCAAGAGAUUUUUAUAAAUUCCUCUCGAAAUAAAACAAAAAACAUCAUUGAUGAUACAUUUUUUUAAAAACAAUCAUCAUUAACGAAUUCUCCCCUGCUAAUUGAAAAAAAUACUCCUUGUCGUAGUACCCCCCGGUAAUAAAAGAUGACUCCCUUCCUUUGUUUUUUUUUUUUAAUUUUUAUUUUUUUUUCUCUGCUACACUGUCAAUAUUGAAUUUGGUUUUAAGUUAUUUUAAUUAAAACUUUGCAGUGCUUAGCACAAUAUAUCCCCCCGGCCCUUAACCUAAAAUAGGAUUCACAAAAAUUCCCCUGUUCUCCCCCUCAACCCCCAUAAACAGUGUAGUCAAAUGGACAAUUCCACAUGAAACAUGCAAUCCAUUGACCAGUUUUUUUUUUUAAUUAUUAAAGAAUUAAACAUUUAUUUUUUACUUAUAUACUAUGUUAUAUAUAAAGAAAAAAAAGAAAACCAUUUCUUGAAAUUGUAUGCUUCACCCCUUUUUUUAUAAAAAAAAUAUUGCGUUUAAUUUGUGUGUUUUCUAUGCCCCCCACAACCGCCCACCCCAAAACAACAUGUAUAUCACAAAGCAUGACGAUAUCAGCCGAGUUAAUUGAAAUCUAACCAUGCUUUAGCUCAUAACUUAUAUAUAUAAAAAAAUUAAAAACAUUCUUUGUUAUAAAAAAUAUAUAUAUAUAUUAAUAUUAUUUUCCAUAUUUUUUUUAGUAUAGAAAUUGUGAAAGAAAACAAAAUAAAAUUUUGAAUUUUAAAGAACUUUA